CGCGCGCGCGCGCCCUCUCCCUCUCUCUCUCCAUAGAGUGGAAUUGUCCUGCAGCAGCUGCUGGAGAAGAAGCGCAUUAGAAAGAAAGGUUAAAGAAACGCUGGCGAGGAGGAGAAGAAGCCGGUCUAUAUCGUAUACACUGCAGAGCUCGAAAGAGACGUUCUUGCAGAUCAGAGUUGGGGCUAUUCCUGAAAAUGCUACAAUCAAGAAUAAUGAAUUAAGAUUGAAAAUUGAAGAGAUACUUGAAGAAUCAAAAGGAGACUUCCUGAGAGUUCUACCAAUUGGUACAAUGAAAAGCUAGAGUCACAAUCAAAAAUGAAUGUUGAAGAUACAGAAGUAAAGGACUUGCAGCCUCCUUUAAUCAUCAAGGAUGAAAAUGGCAAUAAAUGUGUAUGCAACACAGUGGCUGUGAAUGGAGGUACUGUUAGCCACCACCAUGUGGAAGAUGAAGACUACAUUAAAGUUAAGGAUGGAAGUGAGACAAAAAACACUUCUCCGUAUUCUCAGUGCAUUGAAGCACGAGACCAGCAGAACAUUGCCAGUGACUAUAUCUGCAUGGGGACUUCAGAUGUAGAAACUACACAUAUCACUUCUCCAAAAGAUCCAUUUUACAUGUAUGCCUUGAAUCAGACUUUCUCAGAACCAGAGAGCCUUCUCAAAGACAGUCCUGCAUUAACAGACACCCAGGGUUGCAGUACUGAGGAAUCUGUGCCUUACUGCCAGGCAGACUUCAUGCAUUCAAUGCCUGAUGGAACUGUGGAACUGAAUGCAAGUGCUGACUUUCAAGUUGGAUUAGCUUGUACCCAAAUAGAAGAGGAAUGUUCCAGUCUAGAUGGGUCUUUCAUUACAGUUAUAAAUCUGAAGGAUACAAUGAGAACUAAGUGUCAUGAGAUAGGAUAUGCUUCUAGGGAAACUUGUGCAAGUGUUCCUCAUGAUCACCAUGUUGGAUCCCCUAAGCUAAAUGCGUUCAACAGCUCCAAUAUGACAGGCACCUACAAUGUAGAAAGGAGAGUACUUCCUACUGCUCUUUCAAUAACAGGAGAAGAGGUCACCAAUUAUAUUGACUUGGUAUCACAAAGCAGUGAACAACACAAAGAGCAAGAAAAUCAGGACACUGAAUGGCCUGAACCUUGUUGUAUGGAGUCAUCUGAACUGGGACAAUUUAAUGUACACAAAAAUAAGUAUAGGAAGUAUAUGCAUAGUACGCCUGAGCAUGAUGAAACCAAAUGGUCAUCUGAACCUGGAACCAUCAGUGGCAUGGGCCCACUUGCAAUUCAGAGUUUCGAUGAACAUUUGGAACAGGAGUUUUUUGAAGACAAAGGACUCUUGACCAAAGUACACAGUAUUUUAGAAGGAGAUUGUGCUUUGCUAGAUGGACAUGAUAACAUGCCUGGAAUGAUGCAAAAUGAUAUACCAAAGUUAGAAACCAUUGUUCCUCCUGAACAUAAUUGUCAAACAACUUUUGUGGUUUUUAGUCCUACAAAUGAAGAAAACUUGAGCUCUCCUCCUGCAGCAGGGUCAAAAAAUGAAACCUUUGCUGUGUUUGCCACGCCAGAAGACGUUGGUGAUGAACCUUCUAGUUUUGGAAGGAAUGUCCCCUUGGUAAAAGAGCAAAUCAGGACGAGUUCACUCAAAAAUAAUGGCGAACGAAUUGCCAUUAAAUCGACAAACCGGUCUCCCCUUACAGCUACCAUAACCAAAGCUAGGAAGGCAGAAAUAGUGAGCUUUCCAAAACCAAACUUUAAAAACAUUAAGCCCAAAGUGAUGUCCAGGCCUGUGUCUCAAUCAAAAGAGACCACUCCAUUGAAAGCUGCUCAAAGAUCUCCUCAACCGUCUAUUGCUUCCUCAUCCUCCCCAUCUUCUUCCCCAAGGCAACCACUGUCUUCAGUUGCAGUACUGAGGAAAAAACCCGAUUUGGAUAGAGGCACAAAAGCAGAAAUACCAUUGAAUAAGACCCAUAAGCAACACCUUAAUAAACACCUUCCUAGCCAAGCUCUGCAUGCUGCAACUCAUUCUGAAAGCACUUCCCACAAGGCUCCAAAAACAACAGCAUUAAAGCAGAACGUGGAACAGGUAGACAGAGCAAAAUGUUUUAAUUCAGCAUGCAGCUCUGUGGGUGUAACGUGCUCCCAGGACUCGGGUGGGAUGGCAUGCGACAAAAUGGAAACUGCUUUAAUUAGUUCUCCCAUAUUUCAAGAGGAGGAGCAACAGAAAGACUGCUUGGGAAUUCCAGCACAAGAUUCUCUCCCAGACACUCCAAAUGAAGUUUUUAGACCUACAUAUCUUCCUUUGGUUUCUGUGCCUAAAGCAGACAUAGCACAAGGUCAGACUAUAUCUAAGGAUAUCACCCCAAGGAGCAGAGCACUGUCCAAGAUUGCAUUCCACUCCAGGAGGGGAAGUGAGAGUAAAAAUACUCUUGUAACUAAAGCUCCAUCCUCUCAAAGAGCAGUUCGAUCAUCACAUCCUGGAGUAGAAACUUUUAAGGGAAAGCAUGCCUCUCUGAAAUCCACCCCAGGAUCUUUGGCUAGUCCUGGUAAACUGAUUCCUAAAUCGAAAGUGCCCAUCAAAGGAUCAGAAGUUCGAAGAAGCUCUAGCAUCUCUUCCAUCAGUAGCACUCAAAGCGACCAAAGUACUUGCAGCAAUAAUUCUACAAGUGCCACAAUUAUAAUCAAAAAUGGAGAGUGGCCUUCCAGAUCGGCUUGUCAAAACGGUACAGCUGGAUCCCUCCCGCUCAAGUCAGUGCCCAGGCCAAGAGUGCUUUCCCUGAGAAAUACCCCCAAAGGAGCAAAAAGCAAAUUAGGAUCAGCAGGCCCGUGCGUGCCAAAAUCUUCAGGGUCAGUUUUUCCAGGAAGGAAAACUGGUGAUCCAAGAGGACGAUUGGGGUCUUUGACACAAAAUGGAACCCAGAAUGGAUUGUCUGCAUUCAAUUCUGUUGACAAGGGCAAGCAGAAGAGUCCUAAGAACUCAUGCCUACAGACCCGGAUUACUGGUGCAGUGCAUCCCACAGAAACAAAAACACAUGAGCUGACACAAUACAAAAGAAAAUGUGAAAACCAAAGUGGAAUUAUCCAACAACUGAAGAAAUGUUUUGCAAGCAGCAAUCGGAAGUUUGAAGCGUUAGCUCUUGUGAUCCAACACAUCCAGUCUGAGAGAGAUGAACUGUUAAAGCAAAAUAAAGAUUUGCUACUGGAUAUUGUCAAUGCUCGUGGAGAUUACGCAAUCUCUUCUGCAGCCUGCGAGAAAUUGGAGAAAGAUCUAAAUGAUCAACAUGCUUCUUAUGAAGAAUUUGUGCAGAAGCUGUACCAGAAACACCAAAGUGAUUUAUCUGAACUGGAAGAGAGGCUAAAACAGUUCUAUACCGCAGAAUGCGAAAAGCUACAGACUAUAUGUCUUGAAGAAGCUGAAAAAUAUAAAGCACAGCUCCAGGAGCAUGUUGACAAGUUGAAUAUUGCACAUGAAAACUUCAAGCUAGAACGUGAAACUUGCCAUGCAGAAAAAAUAGAAGAACUGAAGAGGAACUAUGAAUCCUCAUUUUCUGAACUCAAGAACACCCACGAGUCACAGCUGAAAAAGCUUGAAGAAUCUUUCAGCGAGAAACAAGUGGAGCUAGAGAAAAAAAUUGCUGACUUAAGGAGUGAAAAUGAUUCCUUGAAUGAAAAGCUCAAACUGGAAGAGCAAAAACAAAUAGCCAAAGAGAAAGCAAAUAUUAAAAACCCUCAGAUCAUGUAUCUGGAACAAGAACUGGAAAGUCUGAAGGCAGUGUUGGAAAUCAAAAAUGAAAAACUGCAUCAGCAAGAUAUCAAACUAUUGAAAAUGGAAAAACUGGUGGAGUCCAACAAUGCCUUGGUGGAAAAAACAAGAAAACUCCAGCAGGAGAAUGAAGAACUGAAAGCUCGUAUGGACAAGCACGUGGAGCUGUCCAGGCAACUGUCUACUGAACAAGCAGUUUUACAAGAGUCGCUUGAAAAGGAGUCUAAGGUGAAUAAGCGACUUUCAAUGGAGAAUGAAGAACUUUUGUGGAAGCUACACAAUGGAGACCUGUGCAGUCCAAAAAAGCUGUCCCCUAGCACUCCACCGACACCUUUCCAGUCACCAAGGAAUUCCAGCUCUUUCUCCAGCCCACCCAUUUCACCAAGAUGAAACCACUCGGAAGAUGGACUGUCCACAAAGGCAUUUCAUUAAUGAUUUGCAGAAACUAAAUUCAUGGAUUGAGGGAGCAAAGAUUUAUACUAGUUAAAUGUGACUGAAUUAUAACUGGAAUCUACUGUUAUGAGACAUUACUGUAAAUACUAUAAAUAAAUACUAUAAAUAAAGUUCAGGAGCAGGAUUCAAAACAGUGCUUCUGCGUGUUUUUAAAAAAACAGACUGAAGUAAUAUGUUGUUGCACAAAGCACUUAAAAGAGCAAGACUCUUCUUGUUCAUUUUUGCCUUUUUCACCUAACUCUAGGGAGAGAAAAAAUACUCAGGGGCUUAUAAAUAAAAGAUCACAACCUUUAAUACGUUCCUUCUUAUAGAAACGUUCUUGAGACUCUGGGUCUGGCGUGAAUGAAUUGGAUGUAUCACACAAGAGCGUAUGUCUGUUGCCGCUGCCUUCAGUAUGUAUAUUGUAAAGGACAAAAGCUGAAGAAUACAGCGACAUGUACUUCAUGAAUAAAAUACUGUCAUAAUGCAUGUUCUAUCAGUGGUUUCCCUUUACUGGGACUAAGGAACAACUGCCUCUUGUGCUACAAGUUCUUCCUUAUCUAUUUCCGUUAGUAAAAAGAUGUUAUUUGUGUUUGAUUUUGUCACUGUUUGCCUAUUUCAUAGAAGAAUUUUUAAUAAGAGAUAAUCUCUUUAAACCGUAAUAUAUUGCUAAAAAUGUUUAGGCUACCCAUUUAAAUGGUAAGUUUAUCCAAAUUAGAUGCCCCUCCCACAUAAAAUUCUUCCUUACCACCUAUAAAAUGAAACAAUAUAGUUGUAAAAAAUUCAGACAUGCACCCAAUUUCAAUGUCAGAACUGCAGAAAAGGGGUACUGCAGGUACUGCAGACAUACAGAUACUAUUACUGUAUAAAGAACUACAGCAUGUGGAAAUUGCCAAUAAUUUUUUCUCUCUUGCGUUUUGCAGAAUAAACAUCUUGAACUGAUAGCUUACCAAUAUGCACUUUAAUCUGUAAAUGCUAUGAGAGAGCCAUAAGCAGUUCAUAUGUAGUGGAUUUACCCACUCUUUCCAAUUGGAUGCAGGUUUCUGUAUCCUCAAUUUCAUUUGUCAGGAGGCUUUCUUUCUGCCUUGAGUCAUCAAAAUUAAAUUGGAGUAUUUAGCUGAAGUGAAAUGUUGAUGAUGGUCAUGCCGUAUGCAUUACAAAUUUAAAGAAUACAGGGUGCAUGUCUGCUUGUCCAUACCCUGUUCAUUUUGUUAAGAUUUAGAUUUAAUUCCUUUGCUGUUGAGAAAUCACCUUGUUAGUUAAAGGCAGCUGAGAUAUUGAGAAAUAUUAGCAGUGUCCUUUGCGCCUUCCAUAAAACUGAAGGUUUUCUUUGCAAAAUCUCCCUUAAGUUGGAAAACAAAAUGUCAAACCAUGUGUGUCUAGGAUGCAAAAAAUGUUAGCUGUAAAGGAUUUUUUAAAAAACUAUUCUGUUGUUAGGGAAGCAAUACAGUAAUACAAAAAUUCAAAGAUAAAAUAUUUUAAUUUUCUAUUGUAUAAAGUGUGCCUCCCCUGUGGAAUAUUUUAUUUGCCUGUACCUAUUUAUGGCAGUGUACAUGCCACUGUAGCUAGAGAUCUCAGCACUUCUGAUUCAACUAUUGUCCGGAGAUUGAUUGAUAUAACACCUGCUGUAGGUUGAAACCUGGCUUAAAAGUAUGUCUUGGAGCAAAUUAUUUCUUUUACAAGUUCAUAUUUGUUCACAUGUAUUUGAGUGUUGAAAAAUAAAAUACUUUUUUACUGAUUAA